CGUGGUACCUCUCUUAAGAAGGUGGAGAGGAAGGGGUGGAAAAACUAGAUCUGUAAUCCUGGCUUUAGUAUUUGGAAAAAACAUUGGAAUUGCCCACCAAAGAAUCUGUUUGUAAGCAUGCAGAACUCAAGUCAGUGGGCAGAAAUGACCAGCAGCAGUGAGAAUUGCAGUUUUACAGCCAUCAACAGCUUGGCAUGGAGCCUGCAGCUGGGGCUCUCCAUCCCCACCUUCAUCCUCGGGCUGGCUCUCAACAGCCUGGCCCUGUUUGUGUUCUGCUGCUUUUGGAGAAAGCAGACCAAGACCUCGGUGUACAUGAUCAGCCUGGUGCUGGCAGACAUCCUGCUGCUGCUCUCGCUGCCACCAAAGCUGUACUACUCUGUCACCAAGGUGCCUGGGCUGCUCUGCUCCCUCAUACAGGCUCCUUACUUCGUCAACACCUACACCAGCAUCUUCAUCAUCGUCUGCAUCACCGUGGACAGGUACAUCUGCAUAAGGCACCCCUUUGAAGGUCGAGCUAACCAGUCCCCCAGGUGGGCCGUGGUGAUUUGCUGCUUCAUCUGGGCAGCAGCUUGGAUCUGCAGCAUCCCAAUUUAUGUGUUUCAGAAGAAGGAACCUAUUAAAUGCUUUCACAACAUGUCAGACCAGACGUGGAGUGUGCCCUUCAUUGUUUCUGUGGAAGUGUUUGGGUUUCUGAUCCCUCUUGCAGUGAUGGUUUUCUGCUCUGCCCAAACCAUCUGGAUUCUUCUGAAUCACAAAACCCAUGACAAAAAGAGCGUGGAAGAGAGCGGCUCAUUGCGAGUGAUCGUCAUCAACCUGGUGGUGUUCCUGGUGUGCUUCACCCCCGUCCACCUUGGCAUCCUGCUGCAGUGCCUGGUGAGGCAGCACCUGAUCGUCAGCUGCAGGAUGAGGCAGGCCAUCAGCCUCUUCCUCCAGGUGUCCAUGACAUUUGCCAACCUGAACUGCUGCCUCGAUGCCUUCUUCUACUACUUUGCAGCAAAGGAAUUCUGUAAGAAAGCACACCUGAGGAGGGCCAUUGAGCUGUGUCCUGUCCUUAACCCCUGUGCCCUGCGAUGGCACUGCCAGCGCUGGGAGAACGCCCCGUGCCAGGACACUGACAGUGCUGUGCCUGACGUGGCAGGGCCUGUGCCCUAGGGAGAAGGACAGUGAUUUCCAGGGAAUGCAAAACUGUUCCAUAUUUUAAUUCCCUUUAAAGAUGAAGGAGAGAAAAGUUAGAUGAAGGAACCAGCAUUAGCAAAGUGACAGACUAACCCCAAAAGAAGCAUUAGCCUCAAGAGUAUCUACCAAAUGUGAAAAGCUUGCCAGAGGAAAACUAAAACUAACCAGAUCAUGGGAAUCCCUUUUAGCAUCAGCUUUGGUCAUAGCUGCACCCGUUUUCCCUUUAUGUAUGUGAUCAGAAAGGUGUUGCUAAGAGCAAAACCAGAAAUAUUCAUAACCUUUUUAACUUAGAAUGCACCUUGGCAGUUUAAAAGCAGCAUCCAGCCAAAAGUCUGACUCUGCAGAAGGUCACUGUUGGAGAUCCUCUGCUUUGGACAGCCUGGGGCAGCAGUGAAUCCUCCCUCCUGGAAGCAUCCUGGACUGCACAGGGCUGCUAGGAGGGACAGCAGUUUUUGCUCUUUCAUGGAGGACUUGCUGCCCAGAAGAGAAACCCAAGGGACUAUCUCAGGUACCAACCAUUCCUGAGCAACAAACUUUCCUGAUUACCCGUGCUGAAGAAUCAUUGUGGCUUUCUUCUGCAAUUUUAAAUCAGGUUUUGCCCAUGUAAAUCAAAACAACCCAUUCAAAUAUGAGAUUUAAAGAACGACUGAAUGUGUCGAACUGGGUUUCUACAUCAGCACAUUUCUAUCAAAGAUGUAAUGUAGCAUAUGUACGAAAUUCUUCUGCCUGUCUUCUCAUUCUUUCUUGGAGCAGGGGAAUGAAGAAAGCAAAGCCUGCAUCACAG